AUGAUCAGCUCCAGAAAACGAAACUUGGAAGAAACUAAACCGGAAGAGCAGAAAAAACUAAGGCAGGACACAGAUGCAGUAAUCCAGCAGCAGAAACUUCAUGGCCUGAAAAAUCAAGGAGCCACAUGUUAUCUCAACAGUGUCCUACAAGUUCUGUUCAUGACACCUGAGAUUCAUGACAGGUUAGAUCCAGAAUCACAAAAAAUAGACCAAGAGCUGAGAAACAUCUUUGUAUGUCUGAAGAAAAGAACGUGUGGAACAAAAAAGAUAACAAAGACUUUGGAGAUCCAUAAUGUUUCUCAACAGCGUGAUGCUGCUGACUGCCUAGAUCUGAUUUUAUGCAAGGUCAGCCCACCGGUCUCUGAGCUUUUUGAGGGUCAGCUGAUGUACACAACAGAGUGCUCCGAAGGCCACGUCAUCAAUGAAGAGACAAAUCCUUUCUGGACUCUUCCACUGUCACUCAGAGACAACCCUGAUGAAACAUACAGUGUGCCUACCUUGACUUCUCCUGGAUAUGAUGCUGGGGGUUUUCGCUGGUAUCAUCAACUUCUUUGGAGUGAGUCUGAUAAAUUAUCUGUGAUUAUUUCAACAAAGGGUGAAAGCAGAUUUGUGUGUGGCGGGUCUGGUUGUAGUGCUGAGUGGAGUUUUUCAGAGGUCUGUAAAAUGGCUCUGCUGACCCUGGAAGAAACUGAGCAUUUUCAGAAGACUUUGGCAGUCAACACUAACAGGCAGACACUUAUUACUAAAGCAUGUCCUGGAUGCAGAUCCACUUUGAUGAGAGAGAAUGGAUCAGAUUUGAAUGUCCUCUGUAAAGUGUGCACAGCAGUGAAAGGACGGCCGUUUGAAUUCUGCUGGCAGUGUUUGAGGGAGUGGAAGGGUGCACGGCCUCGGAAGGACCGCUGUGAAAAUUAUGGCUGCUGCAACCAGUCACUAAAAGUACUACAAACCUGCCCAGAUAUCACAUUUGAUUCAGUGAAGGGAGUCCACGGGUGUCCCUCUGUACGUGCCUGUUUCACCUGUGGCUUCCUAGUGGAGCACAAUAAGAAGUAUUGUAAAUCGCUUGUUUGUCCUCGAUGUAAGGUGAAGUUCUGUUUUGUGUGCCUGAAGAUCUUUACUGAAUGCAUGAAAACAAGUGGCCCUUAUGCAGCAUGCUCCAGUGGCGUAGCCCCCAGACAGACAUCGAUACCUGUAUGGAAGAAGAAAUAAUUAAAAGACACA